AUGCUGUGGAUACCGCACCAAUUGGUCGGUGCGCCUUUAGGCUACGCUGUGACGCUGGAAUGCCACACGGAGGCUCAUCCGACUUCUUUGAAUUACUGGACCAGGGAGGACGGCGUGAUGAUUCACGAGAAUAACAAGUAUAGAGCUACAUCGACACCGGAGAAACCCUCCUACAAGACGCACAUGACUCUCACGAUAUACGAUCUUCAGGACGAGGAUUACGGUAGCUACAAGUGCGUCGCGAAAAACCCACGUGGAGAGACCGAUGGCACCAUUCGCCUGUACAGUAAGUGUCAGUCCACGCCGCCGAGCACCAGCCCCAGCCCGUCUACCACAGAGAUGCCGAAGAAAGAUUGGGAGCUGAUGGCGGAAAUGAAUAACUCUGUUUAUGGGAACCCAAGUUCGUUGACGAUUCACAAUGAGAAAAACACGAAAACAG